AUGCGUCUUAUGGCCCCCAUGCUGAUCAUGUUCGUCUGCGGGGUGGGCAAGUACGCUGAGAGAGCGUGGGAUCUCAGGAGGGCAGGCUCACGGGCACCUGGAAGCAGGUCCAUCGCUGGUCAUGUUACCGGCGCCAGGCGGGAAUUCGAACGUGAAGUGUUUUGGUAUUACGACAGGCUGAACCAAAUCCUUUCGGAGAAACUCCAGCUCAACUUCGAGCUAGUCAUGGAGGUGGCCACCCGGGGCUUCCAGCUGAGCUUAGAUUUUCUCAUGGACGUGAUACCUGCGAAAUCCCUGCGCCCUGAAACCGACUGGAACGAAGGCCUCGUGGCGAGGAUCAAAUCUUCUGAGAAUCGAGCCGAUCUGGUGUACAGGUUGGCCGAAGUUCAGCUCUCCUUGAUCUAUGACUACUUGUACACCAAGUUUGGAGGCUUCUUGGGCGUGCUGCAUCGGCCAACCACCUUUGUUCUAACCUCUAUAGCUCUGUCCUCAUUCCGCAUUGUUCUGGCUGACCAGAACCAGAAGGGGACACCAACACCAACCAGCAGCUACUAUGGAACUGAUGUUAUCAUAUCAUACAUAUUGCUUGCCGGUGCCUUUGCGCUGGAGAUCUCCUCCAUCCUCAUGUGGUUCACGUCAUCAUACUGGCCAUACAUGACCAUUGCAUCCCUUCAGAACCGGCGUCGCCACAAAGCUUUCCAGACAAUGUUGCUCAUCAUUGUUAGGCGCCUAGGUCGAGAGAGCAGAGUUGAAUGGUCGGGGAAGUUGCCUCAAUACAACAUGAUCGGUGCAUGCAUCCGGGAGAAGCAAGCUGGCACAUGGGACAAAAUGAUGCUAUAUAUCGGCAUCGAGAGAGACUACACCACACAAGUUGUUGUCUCCCCCGAGGUAAGGAUGGUGCUUCUUGACCGACUGCUUGAGAUAGCCACUUCCACUUCAAGUGCCGCAGAGGACCUGGACUUUGGUACUUUCCGUGGCCAGUGGGCUCGCAAUGGAGUUCAUUGGCCUUGCUUCUCUGGAUGUGAAGAAGCUGCUCAUCCGCCCGGCCGUUCCUCUGAAGACCACCCCCCUUCCUCUGGAAGUGCAGCUCAAGAAGCACUUGGGAAUAGUGCAAUCCAAGAUUUGGAUUUUGUAUCAAGUGCCAUUCUUUGGCACUUUGUUACGGACAUAUGCCUAGAGGCUAGUCCGGCUGAUGACCACCAUGCAAACAGUUGCAGCUCCAGGAUGAGAAGGGCAAGCGAAGAGUUUUCGAAUUACAUCAUGUACCUCGUUAUCAAGUGCAGUAUAAUGCUUGGAAGCGAUGGGCAUUACGGGGUCAAAGUUGCACGACGCGAUGUGACGCUGUUUCUUGGCAUGGUCGUUGACCGGACGGAGUUCAUCCAGAAAGUGCGUGAUGGCGACCUUGCUCUCAACCUUAAGGAAUUCCCUGCACUUCAUCGAGCACACCGUGUCUCCUCAGAGCUGCUUAAGAUAAAAGCACACAACAGGUGGAAACUCAUCGCAUUGGUAUGGGUGGAGAUGCUUUGCUACGUUGCACAUAAUUGUGGGGCUGGAUUCCAUGCCAAGCACCUCAGCACCGGUGGAGAGUUCGUCACCCAUGUCAAGAUGCUGUUGUUUAUCCUAGGCUUUCCUUUGCGUGGGCAUACUAAGGAACAGCUAUUCCCUUCAGAAGAGAUAGAAGAGAGAAAGUUCUUCAAGAGUUCUCAUCCUUGGAGACGGGGAUGA